AUUCUUUCUCUCCCUCAUUUCCUAAAUGGAACAGAUUUUUCAACCUUCCACUUCUUCGCGCUUUUCAGUGGUCUUCUUUUGUAGCUUUUUGAUUUUUCUUUACUUCUGACUUUCCGGAGCUGGGCAACCACCACGGUGAUGAAAUGUGCAAAAUGACUCAGUAACUUUUUCCCUUUUUAUUUUUAUUUUUUUCGGCUAAACUAGUAGCUGCCUCUAAGCAGUUUCGCACAACCAUGAUGUAUUCUCCACUCUGUCUAACGCAGUUUUGGUCACAGGAAGCCAAAGCCUAUCCCAGCAGCACUGAUGCCCUUUUCAAACAGUUAUGUCAGGAUGAGUUUCAUCCCUUCAUUGAGGCUCUUCUUCCACAUGUACGUGCUUUUGCCUACACAUGGUUUAACCUUCAGGCCCGCAAACGCAAGUACUUCAAAAAGCACGAGAAGCGCAUGACCAAGGAUGAAGAACGGGCGGUCAAGGACGAGCUGCUCAAUGAGAAACCAGAGGUUAAGCAGAAGUGGGCAUCACGACUGCUGGCAAAGCUCCGAAAGGACAUCCGACCAGAAUGCCGUGAGGAUUUUGUGCUCUCCAUCACUGGCAAGAAGGCCUCCUGUUGUGUCCUCUCUAACCCUGACCAGAAGGGCAAAAUGCGGCGCAUUGACUGUCUACGUCAGGCCGAUAAGGUGUGGAGGCUAGACCUGGUUAUGGUUAUCCUCUUCAAAGGUAUUCCUUUGGAGAGCACCGAUGGAGAAAGACUGGUCAAAGCAGGCCAGUGCACCAAUCCAAUCCUGUGUGUACAGCCACAGCACAUCAGCGUGUCAGUCAAGGAGCUGGACUUAUACCUGGCGUACUUUGUGCGAGAAAGAGAGGAGAGAAGUGGCAGAAGCUACAGUCUUCAACGAUGUGAGUUCACGUCUGUCAAAUCCGAGCAGAGCAGCAGCCCCAGAACUGGCAUUGGCUCCGACCAGGAGGACAGCAAGACAGCCUCAUUGGGUAUGUGUUCAACGAUUCCUGCCCUUCAUUUCCUGUCAUCCUACAUUUACACAGAUCGUUGUAGACACGGGACACACAUGAAAUAUACCCCGGAGUUUCAGGAGAGCUUUGUGACUUCAGGAGUCUUUAGCGUAACAGAGCUGGUUCAAGUCUCCAGAACUCCUGUUGUCACUGGGACAGGGCCCAGUUUCUCUUUGGGGGAACUCCAGGGUCACCUGGCCUAUGACUUGAACCCUUCUGGUGCGGGAAUGAGAAGAACCCUGCCCAGCACCUCGUCCAGUGGGAGUAAACGGCAUAAGUCUGGAUCCAUGGAAGAGGACAUCGACACGAGUCCAAGUGGAGAAUUUUACACGUCUCCAAAUUCCCCGGCCAGCAGCAGCAGGAACUGGCCAGAGGACAUAGAGGGAGGAAUCUCUCCCACAGUGAAGAAGACUGAGAUGGACAAGUCCCCAUUCAACAGCCCGUCUCCACAGGACAGCUCUCCACGGGUUAGCAGCUUUACCCAGCACCACCGGCCCGUCAUCGCUGUGCACAGCGCUAUUGCCAGAAGUCCUCACCCAUCAUCAUCUCUACACUUCCCCACCACCUCCAUCUUGCCCCAGACGGGGUCUUCAUAUUUUCCACACACGGCAAUACGAUAUCCACCCCAUCUCAGCACACAAGAUCCUCUGAAGGACCUGGUAUCACUCGCCUGUGAUCCCUCGAGUCAGCAGCCUGGACCGUUAAACGGCAGUGGUCAAGUAAAAGUGCCCGGCCACUUCAUUUCCUCGCAGAUGCUGGCGCCACCACCUCCCCCUGGCAUGUCCCGACUGGCAUUACCACCCGACACCAAAUCUUCCACGACCACCACAGAGGGAGGAGCUAAUUCUCCAACGUCACCCACGUACUCAGCCCCGGGCACACCCCCUUCCAACCGUUCAUUUGUGGGAAUAGGACCGCGGGACCCUGGGAGCCUUUAUCAACCGCAGUCUUGGUAUCUGGGUAACUGAAUGUUAAGGAGCACCCUUAGAGAACGGACACAGAUUUGCAAUUUUCUUUUUAAUUUUGUGGGAAAUCGUGAACAAAAAAAAAAGAAACAAAAAUUUUCAAGAGGGAAUACAAUUUAUAUUUGUAAGGAUGCUGCAACCCGCCUUUUAAUGAAAAGAUGGAAAAAAACGGAAAAGAGUGAAACUGGAAGAGGAAAAGAGCGAAGCUGCAGGAACACUACCACCCGCGACACGAGCCCACCGUGCCUGUCUUAUGAGAAGAGCACUAUGUAAGAAUAAAUUGAAAUGAAAGAAGAAGAAGAAAGAAAAAAAAAAACAAAACAAGGACUUCAAUGUCACUUCUUCCCCGGCCACCAUGUCAGGUGCCGCAUUGCUCAUAUAUGCAAAACAAUAAUAAGGCUUUAUUUUCUUAAAGUAAAACAGAGAGAGAGAGAGCGCGUGAGUGAAAUGACAACUGUUUGUUAUUCCUGCUUUUGACAAAGGGAUGGGAAAACAAAACAAUACGAUCUCGACUCAAACAUCAGCAUUUCUUACAUUUCAUUUUUCCUAGACAAUCACAACGUUAUUUUUCAAAUUUAAGGGGGGGGGGGGGGGGGGGGGGAUGAAAAGCAACCCGCCAUAGUACGUACUCAAGUGACUGCUUUGGCUUUAGCUCAUUUUUCUGUCAGCCUUGAGGCGCGUCAAGUCCCAGUCAGCUAGGUCUGUGAGACCCAGUUUGGUGACACCCGCUAUGCCCAGCAUGCCAGACACACACGUUUUGGGGUUUGCUUUUCCAAAUCUUCCCUCCACCUUAGAGGAGGUUUGACUAGAAGGACGACGUGCAGAGCUGGGCCGCUCCAGGUCACUCCCCAUUGGUCUGCGCAGUUGAAAAAAAAAAAUUCUGAUUGGCCCCUUGAGAUUCUAAGGACUUCAACUCCAAUUGAUUCAUUCAUUCUUCAAUUAUUUAUUAAUUUGCUGACCAAUUAAUUAAUUAUUAUUAUUUUUUUUUAGCUUUAUUGGAUCUAGGCUGAGUGACUUGUUUUUCUCGUCAUACACAUUUCAUUGUAUGUUGACCCUGUGUUAACCUAUAUAUGACAAAUAAACCUAAACCAAACCAAACCAAUUACAGGCGGUAAUGAAGUCUUCAUUCAGAUGACUGCUGAUCAUCAGUGUCACUCGUUUAACAUUCAGGGAUGUGCCAAAGGAAAGCAGCAAAGCAUCCUGAGGAGUGAGGGCAGCACUAGAUGUUUCAUAGAUGUACAGAUAUGACCUAAUGAUUACCACGUCUGUCCAGCACAUGGGCUGUGGAACAGGGCUUGGCCUCACUGCCAUGACAGGCGACCCCAUAGCCUCUGACUGGACUGCUUUUUGGUCUGCCUUUUUUAUAUUUAAUUAUAAUUAGUUCCACCAGUAUGCCAGGCCACAUGUCCUUAGAACUUCAAAGCCGUUUUGAUUGGACUGCCAAUAUGGUAGAUUACUGUCUUUUUUAUACAAUGAGGUUUUUACUGGCAAGUCCAGCCAACAUGCAGCACAUCACCCCUCUCUGGCACCAGGGGUACUGAGGAUGAGUGAACGAUACAGAGCUAGGAGGCACAAACGGGCACUGAGUCAAGCUUAAGUAGGACUCUUAAUUUAUAUUUGGCAUCAUUUGCUUUGAUCAGCCCCUCUGUCAAAAUUUAUCUGCAGUGCCGCCACACCACCACUUACUGUCACCCAUUCCCCACCACGUCUCAUUUCACAUGGAGCUCAUCGAAUUGGGAAUGAAGUUCCAGUAAAAGUGUAAAAUUCAGUCAGCUCCGCGUACACCAGCUAGUGGGGCAUUUGUCGGAUCUCACAUCGACUCCCACUAUCACAAGACGUGCCACCAAGCCAUCUGCACACUUCCUUCACCUCCCCUCGCGGAACUCCACCUUCACCACGGCCCUGCAGUCAGUUGUGCUCCUGCAGCUCGGCCAGCUUUGCACUUUAAAUCGGGGCUUCCAAGGCCUGUGGCUCCAGCUGGCCUCUCAGAGUGGCCUUUAAACUGACCUCCAUCACUACAAAUCCGACUUGAGUUGUGCGGGGCGUUCUGUUUGAAUACACAAGAACGCCAUUUCAGGCUGGAACUUCUAACUCAGUUUUACCAGUAGCAGGGAGAGCAAGAACUUCAUACUCCGCUGUUUCAGGACGAGCAACUCACAUGAGCACAUCACAGAUGGGUAGAUGUGAAAGGCACUAUAUGAUAGAUAGAUAGAUAGAUAGAUAGAUAGAUAGAUAGAUAGAUAGAUAGAUAGAUAGAUAGAUAGAUAGAUAGAUAGAUAGAUAGAUAGAUAGAUAGAUAGAUAGAUGUGAAAGGCACUAUAUAACUGAUAGACACAUUUGAAUAUUUCAGAUAUUUAACACAACCCUAAGUCAUGGUGACUUACGUUAAUUCAGUUCUUUUUUUUAUAUAUAGAGCUUAUCACAUGAUGCUUUAUGUUAGAAUUAUUACAGUGGACCCUCCCUGAUUUGACAUGGCACCUGGCACAGUAAGCACAUCACAAAACAAGCCGGAAUAAAAAUGCAAAGUAACACAAGUUUUCCAAGCCACUGAUUGAUCACUCAGCUCCUGAAAGUCGUCUUUUACCGACUGCACGUCCUUCUCUCCAAAGCAACAAGAAAAAAAAACAAACCCAGCUCAGGCGAUGGCAAACAAAUCAGGAACGUGCAGCUGAAGAGCCGUGCUGUCCAUGCUGCUUGGGGUCUGUCUGCCACUGCCUGUGCCCCCCAGGAGAGGUGACGGGUGUGUGUGUCUGUGCGCAGCUUGGCAUGGAGGUAGGUGUGUCAAAUGGGAGGGCGAUGACUGUGCGUCGUCUGAUCGCCACAUCCAUUUGCUCUUGUGCAGCCGACGGUGUCACCAACUGAACACAUAAAGGGACUCGUCCAGAAAAAAAAAAAGCGAUGCCAAUGAAGGUCUUAUUGAAUGUUCUUCCCAUCCUUCGACUUGCUCUUUAGUUUUUCCUACAGUGAUUAACCAUUAAUCUAGCUGACUGAUUAUUAUGAUUAUUAUUAUUAUGAUAAUUCUUUGGUUUAUUUUUUAUUUUUUUUUGGCAUGAUGUCGCAGCAGCGCGGCCUCGGCGUGUGUUGCUGCACAGGAUUGCAUUUUGUUGCUGCAGUAUUGGAAGUGGAGGAGAGAACUGAAAAGUUUUUUUUUUGUGUAUUUUAGUACAAAGUUCUUUAAAAAAUGAAAAGGAUUGCACUACUAUAUAUAGAGAGAUUUUCUUCUUUAGCAGCUAAAACACUUUUUGGCAUAGUCCUAGUCCGAGUUAGUCAUAGUGUUUUGUUUCGUUCAUCUAGUGACUGGCAUUUAAAGGGAGCAGGGUGUCCUCUUGAUGAAUGCGCUGCGUUUUUGCCCACAUUUUGGUGAUUUUUUUUUUUAACUGCCUUUUUUUUGUGUUUUGUACCUGUACAUAUCUAUGUGUAUAUGCUGUACAGCUUUGGUUAGGCUACCCACUUUGUAUUACUGAUGAGUAAUGAGCCAAUCAGUGGAAUUGACGCCUGCAGAGAGUCAGUGGGCAGCCUGAAGGACAAGCUGGGAGGCCCCCUAGUGGUCAAGGUCCAGCCAGUACUGCAGUCCGCAAUACCCACGGUGUCACUCGCGGCACACCCAUUGCCCUUUCCUACGGUGCCGCUUGCACGAUGCCCACUUUCAAUCCUCUGAAGUUUUCAUCACGGAUCUGGCACACCAACAUCUUCACGUAUGUAUUGCGUUUCUGACUCCAUCACGUUUACUCAACAAACUGACAUCUAAAAAUGGUGACAGUGGGUGUGUCGCAAGUGACAUUAACAGUCAUGGUGGACGUGGCCUGCAGUUUGGCCUCUCUCAGUCCUGUCCCCACCACUGAUUCCCUCAGCUCUCCUUGUUACCGUACCCACUAUGCACCUUAGAGUGGUGUUCACUACAGAAGAUGAAGUCUGUGUUUGUGUCUGUCAUUUUUAUUUUUUUUUCCCCAAACUUUUUUGUUUUGUUUUUUUUUGGAAAACUCAACAACAAGAUCAAUUAAUUUCUGAUGUAGUGCUCUUCACAGAGGGACUCGUUCCAGAGUGGCGAGCCGAUCACCACCACCACCACCACCACCACCAUGCAUGACAUAGAAGUUCAGUCAAACACUAAAUCAGCCAAUGAGAAACACAGCCGGAGGGCAAAGACAUUCACGCUGCUGGACUGACCCCUCAUCUUGCACCUUGGCUCUUUAAAUGGCGCCCCCUGCAGGUUCGGCUGCUCCUUUACUCCACAAACCAGCCUCCUUAUGAAUUGUUUUCCAAAGGACACCAAUUCUCUACAGACACCCGAGUAUUCAAACAGCAACCACUGCACUCCUCUGUGGCCAUUUCGAGAACAUUCCUCUUACACCCGUCCACGAUGGAAAUUAUCAUUUAACCACGAGAGCACCUCAGACUCGGAGUGCUAACCAUCUCAUCGUAAUGUGUAAACCUCAACCGGUUUACCCUCAGUGUGCGUGUUUUUUUAAUAAUAAUAAUAAUAAUAAAAGACAUUGAGGUCACCGAGGUGUGUGCAAUCAAAUGAAAACACUCGUCAUCAUCAACAUGGUCCCAAAACCCCAGGACUGUAAUUAUGGAGGGUACUUUUUUGUGUCUUUCUUUACGCAAAGCAUUCUUCUUUAGUCGAAACGUUCCCAUAGCCAUCAAUAAAAUGGGCUCAUUUCAUUUUAAUCUGUGAAGAUCUAGAUGCCUUAGCGGACGCAUCUGCACCUUCCCGUCCCAUAAUCCACCUCUCUCCACCCCCCCACCCCCCCAGAAUUCUGUUUCACUUUCCUUUAUGGAGACUUUUCUAAGAAACAUUUUGGUGGCACAUUAUCAGCGUGAUGUAAAAUCCAGAAUAGAAAUUAAUUUUAAAGACUUUUUGUAUUGUUUGUUUUUUAAGCUAUUUGUUUGGUUUUUGCUGCUUUCAGCUCGCUUGCAGAUUUCGUAAUGGGGGCUGUAGGCUGAGGCGUUAAUUGCUGUAGAUUCGAGCAAGCAGCAAGGGGCGAUGCUUUGCCCUUCCUAGUUAGUGACUGAACACUAGUUAGACGGCCCCGUUUGUGUAUAUUGUAUAGCGUUUUUCAGCUACAGAAAAAAUUAAUAAAUAAAUGAAAGAACUACUUUGUCAGGGCUUUAGACAAUUUUACCAAACCCUACCAUUAGCCAUGAAAAGUGCCUAUAAAUACAACUUAUUUUUUUUUUAAGCUUGCUAUUUUUAUUUUUUUUUUUUUCUUAACUCGAGAUUUUAUUAAGAAUCAAGUAAAAGGAAACUGAAAGAAAUGAAUGAUAUAUGCAUACUGGUCACAAAGCAAGCCGACCAGACCAUCGCACUCUUUUAUCUCUCAACCAGUAGGCUACUGAAAGUGCAAAACUGCAUGCAGCUGUUACGGCUUCUCCGACGUCCCCUGCCUUCGCUCCACGUGGUCACCGAAAAGCCAUCAGAAACAAAAAAACAAAUCCAGGCUGUGGCACUGAAUGGCGUAACAGGCUUCUGCAUGUAGUCUUUCUGCUUGUGAGAUACCAACAGGUGAACUUACUUGGCUCUCCCGUGGUGUACAUAAAGGCCUAUAUAUGUAUGUAUGUGUAUAUAUAUAUAUAUAUAUAUAUGCGCUACUUAAAGUGAACGAGACUAUAUAUAGAUAUAUACAUAUAUAAUAAAAAAACAUACCUCAGUGGUGGGGAGAGCACGGUUCUCCCGCUGACUGAGUCGACUGUAUCUUUUAUACACUUUUUUAACAAGUCUGAACUGGACACUUUCAUCUAUGAUACGUAAAUUAAUAAAUUAAUAGAAUCGUACUAGUGGUGACGCCUAUAUUCUUGCUGUCUGCGCUACCAGAAGAAAAACUGACACAUAUCAGAAGCAAUAUACUGCUGAUGAACUGCUAUGGCCUGAGCAUCUCGGUUCAUUUUUUGUUUUUUUGUAUCCGCAGGUUAGUGCUUUGCAAAUAAAUAGGAGGACUGCUGCAAACAAUCAGUAUUUAGUUAAGAGAAUCUCAUUUUAAAGGUGCUCAGAUAAACGAAUUAAAUAACUAAUGCAUGGUGCUUUUUCGACGACAAUACAGUGAUAUCCAGUGGCUCCCUACAGCUGCACACGACGGUAUUUUGUAAUCCGUUACCAAUGCCUGUUUUUCUGACAGCGUACUCCUCACUGGCCAGGGCUUUUUCCAGCCCCGUUUUUUUUUUUUUAUGUGGCUCUAAGCCCGUUUUUGGGAUGAAGUGCACAAACGCCUUUUUUCGCCCAGCUCGCUUAUGCCAGGAAACGACUCUGCCUACUGGCUUCCAGUCCCUUCUGAUUGUACCCCUGUCCCCAACCCACCCAACUUCUGUUUUUAUCACUUCAUAAUUUGCACGGAGCUCGCUCUAUCUCUCACUCUAUACACACACACACACACACACACGUAUAUUUAUAAGUGUGUACACACACACACCACAUUAUGUGCCUUGCUUUUUGGUAAUUUAUUUUCCUUGUAGUCAGAAUCACUGCAUAGUACGUACGGCUGCAUGUGAUGUCUUGGCUAGAAACAAAAAGUUGCCAUUUAUAUAUAAAAAAAAGGAAUUUAAAUACAUACAACAAAUACAUUUUUUGAAUCUUUUUGAAUAUUUUAGAGGCACUAACUAGAAUCCUGUUUUUAAAUGAAAUGAGCUGUUUCUCCAUCCCUUUUUUGUGCUCGUUGCUCUGUCCGCCCGUUUUUUGUGUCUUGAUGAUGAAACGCUCUCUGACUGUUAUGAUUCAUGCAGGUUGGCUGCACUUUGAUCUCGCUCUUAUUGAUUUACGUCAGUUUGUGGGCAAACUCGAGCCCGGUGGGCUGCAGUGACAGUGGUUGUCGUUCCAGCCAAUCAGAGCGUGAGAAAGGAAAUCAGACAUCUGUCUGAGGAGGAGAGCCAUUCAGUGUCUUUGUUGGAUAAGGUGUCAGGUGAUCUCCUGCGUGCUCUGCAUGGCGGCUGACAUCAGCGAGUCCUCUGAACACGGUGAGCGUAGGUUGAUCUGCUGUCCUCGGGAUUCUGUUGUUAGCCCUAGGACUGUCGUCCACCUUUAGCCAAUCAGCUGUAAAGUUAGCCUCCGACGUCUUCAAGGAGGGACGUAGUCCUUGAAGGCAGUAAUCUCUUUGCAGUGAAUUAAAACAAAAACGAAAAAAAACUAAUUUCUCUAAGAAUUUAGAUAGGCUUCAAAGUAUUGUGUUAAUAAGAAUUACUUUUGAAAGCUUUAAGCUCACUUCAGCCUUUCUUGACCGAUGUCUCCUGACCCAGCAGUACAAGAAAAAAUCCCAUAUCCCAAAAAUCCCAAAUAUCAUACACCAUUCAGCUCGUCUAGUUAUGCAAAGCCCUGUAGAUCUGAAAAACCGUCAUUUUUAGGCCACUUUUGGAUCAUAUGUUGUGUUAGAAAUGACACCCUUACGACAAGGAGUCAACUAAUAGGUGUCUUCAGCACUAAUGAUCAGAACGACUCAAAGUUAUGCACAUCACAUCAACCAGCCCCCCAGAGUCACUCCUUUUCACAAAAUUUCAAAAAGUGGGGAUCCGUAAUACAAGCAUGUAGGGUGUCAUUUCAAGCCCUUUCGAGGUCGCUGAUCACGAAUAUGAUCGUAUUUGUGAUAUGAGAUUCUUUACCAGUGUCGCUAACCCUCUAAGAAAAAUGACAAAUUUUAAACAUAAGGCAUGUGGGGUGUUUCUCAACCUUCCUGGUGUCACGAACCACUAUUUUUCAUGUGUCUUUACUGUUGGGGGGGGUCCUCAUUAAUAAAUCGAGCACAAUCGAUGGGGUCCCUAUUGGUGAAUUGAGCCUGAUCAUCAGAGCAGAUUAAUCGUCAAUUGGACGAGCCUGGUUGUUGUCGGAUCGGCAACCCACUACCACUGUACACAAUACCAAGUGAUGACCCACAAGCGCCAGCCAUGACCCAGACGUUGGUUGUGACCCAUUGGUUGAGAAGCACUGUUUUAGGCUCAGUAACUACGAAUAUGAUGCUAUUUUUGGUUUUUGAUCCUUCACUAGGGGUCUAGCCCUGAGUGGACCUCUAUCAGAGGGUGACGUAUGACACAUUUAUCUUCCAAUCGAGAAUAUUCAGACUUUUAAAAACAUUUGAAUUGAAGCCCACAUUUGAAUAUUUUAAAUGUUUGACCCAGCUAUUCUUGUUUAUUCUGUAUUUCUACCUCAUCGUGAAUCAUUUAAUUUAUUAUGAACACCCUGAAUUAUGGCGGCUUACACUAAGUAAGAGUUUUAAACAUAAAAAUUAAACCAACAUGUAGACUUAUGACUGAUACAAAUGUUCAUUCUCUGAUUUAAGUCUGUGCAUCUUUAUUAAAACUGAACUUAUUUAGAAGGUCGACAGCAGUUGGGAUGAAGGAGUCUUUGGUUGCUUUUUAUCCUUGGGAUGUUAAACCUGUGACCUGAUGGCAACAACUGCAAUGGACAAUGCAGUGGGUGUGUCCCGUCUAAAAAAAAUCCACCCUGUUGUCUGUACUCCUCGGACAGGCGAGCUUCGUUGAGCUGAAUGGCGUCUUCUAUUCCAAUGUUUUGUCCUACCAGGUCAAUGAGAUUGGAGUGUUCAGACUUUAUUUUUUGCUUCAUUAUGCAAUUUGAUUUAUUCUAUUUGUGUUGCUGACAUUAAGACUUCCAUUCCUGGCCAGCAGAACAUUGGCAUCGAUUUAUUUCUUCUAACUAGACAUUUUGCAUUCUUUUUCAUGCACGCCCCGGUUUGUGAUGUCAGAGGGUGCGUUUAAAGCUGAUUGGCUAAAGGUGAAUGGCUGAUGUUUUGUUCCUGGAACAACGUAAACUCGACGAUUUCAGAUUCAUGGUAAGCGUGUUGCGUUGUAGAGUCGCCGUUGUGCUCCAGACUUGCCAAGGGUUCCCAUAAAUCCCAAUAAAUCUCCAGGAUGGGCUUCUUCUUCUUCUUCUGUCUGCUGCUUGUGGAAGAAAGCUCUCAUAGUAACUCACCCAGUCACCUCCGUCUGUCCCAAACCUGGUCCGCGUCUCAUUUUCCCGUAGUUUGUUUGUACAUACUUGUGACCCUAAGCGUCUAGACAAAUUCUUUUGCGAAGAAUGCAAAUUCGUUUACUCCCCUUACAUCUCGGUGUAUUUCUGCCGAGCGAACUGCUCUGCCACUUACAGCUUGACGGUGGCCUAUUCAGAAUCUGUUCAGAAGUCCCCUGAAAAAAUUGAAAUGCAAAGUAACCAUGAAGAAAUACUGUCACAGUAAAAUGCAUGAAAAAUAACCAAUCGGCCGUCGGCUAAUCCUAGCGAGAGCGGCACGUCUCUCAUCUGCCUGUAAAUGAAUUCAGGGAGACAUCUGGACGGUCGAGUGCCACCUCUUUAUAAAGGACGGGGUGGGUAGAUGUCUGAGGUGUUUUGAUGGCGUGUUGAAAUUAGAAAAGGCUGACCUUCCUCUUCUGGUUUUGUAUAUUCCUGCGUUGUAGGUGUAGGCUACUGAUGUGAACCAACGGAUAUGGACAUGAAAAAAAAAAAAAGACAAAAAAUAAAAAUAAGAAGCUGUUGUCACGAAAAAGAGAUGGAGAGAGAGAGAGAGUGUGACAGAGAUUUAUUUAUUGUUUCUCAAUUUUAAUACCUUUUCAGUUUUUUAUUGAUGGGACAUGAUGAUAUAGUUGACAGUUUUUAACUGUUAAGCGUGAUGGGUGUAUGGGAAAUGGUUUUGCUGUAUCUUGUAGUAAAACUGCGAGAGGCGACCGCGUGAAGUGUUUAUGCAAUGUGCAGCCGUGAAGCUGCAAAAAGGCAACGCUGUGCCGAUAGCUACAGUAGUUUAUAUAAAUAUGUGAUGAUUAGGCAGAAGGAGAGAUGUUGUUUACAUGCCUGUCUUAAGUGUUGGCAAUGACGAUGAGCGUCCUGCUCCCGCAUGGCACCUGCCUGAUGAAAUUGUUUUUUUAUAAUUAAGAAAACGCAUUCAGUACCUUUUGGUGUUCUCACCUCAGACUCACCAACAAAGCGGACGUGCUGCUCAACCCCCAGUAGCAGCUUCUAUCGUACUGAACAGCACAUGAGGUGGGGGCGAGGUUUAGGCGGGCAGAAGUCGAGACGUCAGCUUAUGGCGGCGAGCGGAGCAGGGAAGGGUCAGAUCACUGCAGGCAACGCCAGGCAGUACAUACGGUGGCAACCGUGAAAUACAAUUCAGAUUGGACAGUAGAUACAAAAUGGAAAAAGCGGCCUACUGGACUCACCAGGUUCAUUUUGGCCCUUGUCUCACUACAGUGCAGCCAUUCAAAUAAAACUCAAAAAGUCUUCACCAGCUAAUAAUUUUAAAGAGCUGCACCUGAAUGAGGAUAUCGGAGCUGGCACCUCCUUAAACUCCAAGGUGGGUAAAUCAGAGCUUUUGCAAUUACUUUCACUUUUCAUUCUGAAUAAAGCGUAAAUUGGCAAUAAAUUCUCACUGCUGAAAUCUGAUAUCAUAAAAUCAGUUGGUUAUUUAUGUAUGUGAUUGAUAUUUCACAUGGCGGUAUGGGUUAGGCUUAGGGAAUCCCUCAAACACUCGCUUUCCUUAACUGAUUUAUAGUUCAAGACAACAUAAUUCUUCCAUCCAUUAUCCAACCCGCUAUAUCCUAACUGCAGGGUCACGGGGUCUGCUGGAGUCAAUCCCAGCCAACACAGGGUGCAAGGCAGGAAACCAACCCCGGGCAGGGUGCCAGCCCACCACAGGGACAACAUAAUUAUAAAUGUUAAUGCUGCACUUCAGUCAUAAUUAGGAAGCUCAUUUGAUUCACUAAAUAUCAGUCCUUCUAUACUCUUAAUACCGAAUAAUAAGUAAGACGAGAAGCUGGGGUAGGUCGAUGUUACUGUAUAUAUUGUAACAAAGGAGAAAUGAACACAUUGAAGGAUCGGGGACUGCCAUGGUCAUCCUGUUUAAUGAAGCCAAACGAAAAUUCAUAAAGAUUAACACAAGAAACGAUUCGGCCCAUAAGACUUCGGGCACGUCUGAGGAUGAAAUCCGUCUCCUGCAGACCGUCGCUUUACAAAGUGAACGUCGACUUCCGGUCUGACGUAUUCUGAAAUAGUCAGCUGGACAGGAGAGACGGCACCAGAAGUGACAUCAGAGUUUCCUGUGCAAAUCGUCUUAUGGUCUGUGGACAGACGGGGAGAAACGGAGUCACAAGCUGCGUCACCCUAAUCUCUGAAUCCCUGAAGACUCUCCCUAGGCUCCCGGGUCUAAAGAUAUUUUAAUUAAAUCCCAUAAACAAAAGUACUGUUAAAAUCAGAGAUCCUCAAGUACAGUCCUGAAGGGGUUUUUAUUCCAACCCAUUUUCUUUAUUUAUUACCCAUGUGACGUUUUUGCGCUUUAUUUUUGUUAACCUGCUUUUUAAGAUUCCCUGCGUCGCUUUCUUCGGUCUUAAACAGCGAUAUUCUCCAUUAAUUGCUACUUGUUUACUUAACCAACAGCUAAUAAGCAAUAAGAUGAAAGUGACAAGCAGCACACCAUCUAAGUUGGUCUCAUUUGCACCUGUGUUUGUGUUCAUCACAAAUUAUCUGAUUGAAUGCGAUAUUUAGAAUAUAUCUGAAAUACUUCAAUUUAUUAAUUUGCUCUGGGCCAUAAGUCACAUGAAUGAUCUCCUCAGAUGUGGCAGAAUGAAAGCCAUAGAGCUAAACAACAAGUUCUGCUCUCUGCCAUAAUUGGCUUCAAAUUCAAACAUUGUGUUGGAAUAAAAACCUUCAGCCGCUGUGGCCAUCCAGGACCAAACUGCAGGGACCCCGGUUUGGACUGUAUGAAGAAUUAUUUCCAAUGAGCUCCCAAUGAAGUUCAACUAAAGUCAAUGUAAAAGAACAAAUGUCAAACAAGACCAUUAAAAUAAGGAUGAGGGUUGAUUGUUAUGUUACAGCUUUCGAUUUAAAUUCAACACAUAAGAAGAAGCAAGCGAGAAAGAGAAAACACCAGCAAAUAACUUCAUUACUGUUACACAACACAGUCGAUUUGAUUAGAACUCAUUGAGCAGAUGUCUAUGAAUAAAUCGGUUAUUAUACGUUAUGUUCGGGGGCUGCAGACCGUGACCCCACUAGGCUGUAAGGUCCAGAAAUAAAAACAAGGAUUGCAAUACCCAUCCGCGGAUAUCCAGAUCAGUUUAUAAAGAACAUACAGACAUACAAGGAACCAUGGAUGUUGUGAGGAGACUUGUGUGUUGCGGUGUCACCACAGACUCAUUGGUUGACACUGUCCUGUAGUUUGCAGAGGUAGCCAGCGCAUGUUGAACUGGCCUCCUAUUAUAUUGUUAUACAGAACUGGAACAGAAGAAUAAAAGGAAAAACGUUACGACAAGGCAGGGUCAGGCAUAGCUAGAGAUGAAAACCCACUUAUCGUUAAUGCCUUUAGCUGACCUCCCCUACUAUGGAGUGGUGGCUCUGAGAUUAGGGAUCUGCACUGGCAAUCGGAAGGUUGCUGGUUCGAAUCCCGUAAAUGUCAAAAAGGACUCUGCUCUGUUGGGCACUUCAGCAAGGCCCUUAACCUGCAAUUGCUGAGCGCUUUGAGUAGUGAGAAAAGCGCUAUAUAAAUGCAAAGAAUUAUUAUUAUUGAAGACGAAAUGAAUUGACCAUAGACUCGAGACAAAAAAGAAUUAUCAUUCUUGCUCUGAUACACCAAUGAUGAGAAAUUGCCAGAAAUGGUUGUUUGUUAUUCCCACUUGCAGACGUGACAUAUGGAAUGACCCUGGAGUGAAUUGGACAGAUAACGGCUGACCCUGUGCCGACAGGUCACUUUUGAUGUAAAUUAGGAGUUAGUGUGGCUCUGUGAUCGGUGAUGAAGUGCAACUAUUUUAGGGUCUAAGUUAAGUAAGUGAAAAACCACUUUUGCCCUCCCAAGUCCCACUCUCUUCUACAGUGGGUAAGGCCAGUAGAAAGACCCUUACAGGCCCCUGGCUGACUUUGCUCCUUAGCAGAAAGCUGAUCCCACUUUGAACAACGCUGGGAGCGGACACUGGGAUGUUUAAUGCAGCACAGAAUUUUUCACUCUUAAUUUCAGCUUGCACAUACUCAAUUGUGUCAUCAAACUGGGGGAGUCCGCUUUGACCAUUUUGGCCUGCGGGUACACCAUCGUUUCCUCGAGUUUGUAUUAGUAAGAACUACCCAGCACGUGCCCACACAAGACCCAAAUGGUAGAUCUGCCCCUGACAGUGAGGCCCACUUGCGGUCAAGCAGCACCAUCCUGCAUUCGCUUUACCAGUGUGGCAAGAACAUUUCACUCCUCAAGGUGGAGAUGAUUGUCCCGAGUGAAAUGCGGACCCCUCCUUGUGAAGAGUUACAAACGUCACUCUGAUGUACUAAAGCCAAAAACGGCCAGCCUUCCCCCUGCAGCCACACCUUUAUGCCAACAUGACAUUCUCAGCCCCUUUUAAUUCAGUUUCAAGGCAUCAGCAUUUUGAUCACCAUUGGAAAGCCCGCUUGCAGUCACAGGUUAUCUAGUCUGUCACGUACAUAUUUGAGCAGAAACGCAAUGCCACCACAGAAGAGGAUAACAAAAAUGACGUUCCAUUAGAAUUCAAGUUUUGAUGAUGCCCAAAAUCUGCUUUCUCACUUACUCCAUGUAGCAGUGAUUCAAUCGAAGGAUGUAAGAAGCGUUCCAAACCAAGCGUAAGCUAACUCUUUACUGCCGACGAGACCACCUGAGAGGGUGACCUGUACCCUGCCCGAGAGCAGCCUGUGAUAAACCUCGUCCCUCACCUCCUGUCCUGUGAGAAUUUGCACUGCCCCAUUACUCCAUCACUUCUCUCAGCCAGUUCAUUCAAAGUAGCACUUCACCCAGGUGCCAUUCGGUGGAGCAGCAGGACAACCGUCAUCGCCAGGUGCCACAGCAGUAGUGAAGAGCCAAUUUUAUUUGUUAGGUUGACGAGAGUUCAAAUUUGUUAUUUUUUUUUUUUUUUUUUCUAAUAUUUGAAUUUCCGAUUUUAUUUUAUUUUUUGCUUCCUUUUUAUAAUCGAGAUAAACGUGACAAAGGGCGCCUUAUCGGCCUUUCUGUCCGCCCGUCUAUGCCAGUUGCUUCAGUUAGCCUGGAGGGAAUAUGCAAAUCCCAUAUUUCCCGUUCCUUCCCAUAAUUCACUUGUUUCUUUUCUGAUGUGCAAUCCCGUUAGACGAGGAGAACCGGGCCAAGGCCGUACAGGUGUGAACUUUAACUGGCAUUGAUAUUUUUUCAUAGAAGAAAGAAACCUAAAUGUGUGAGUCUUUAGAAAUAUCUUUGAAAUGCAACCUUCAGAGAGAAAGAAAGAAAGCAGAAGCUCGUCGUUGCUAACCUUUUGUUAACUGGUCUCUUAAUCAGAUGGCUGACCAAAUGUUAUAAAACUGACAGCAGGCUUCACUGUGCACAUCCUUACUGUUUCCUUUUUUUGGUUUUGUUUUGUGAGUUGAUGGACAUGUUUGCUUGAUCAGUUGUUGACAAUCAUCACACAAAGUCGGCAUUUCGUGUUGUCUUGUGUACGCGACCCAAGCUCUUUGGCGUACCCGGUCCUGGUGCCUUUGCUGGCGUGACAUGCGAUUUGCCGGUUUUGUGAGUUUUGCGCGGUUUAAUUCAUCGCACAGAGACUUUCUUUUAGCUUGAGUGAACCCUGUAGCACACCUUCCUUCCCUCCAGCUGCACAUGCACAGUAAUUAAGUAAUGUGAAAGGCACUAUAUUGGACUUGGAGACACUGCAGAUGAGGACAGCUUGUGGAUGUAGGAACUCCACGGACAACUGGAUGUGCCACAAACUCAAGGUUCACCCAAGCUGGGAGAAACUCCUUUACAGGUUAGUAAACAUGUUCAGUCUGGUCAUCAUGCCUGUGAUUGUCUAAAGUGUCCGAGUCAGUUUGACGCGGAUGUUGCCAUUUUGGAAGCAAUUGCUUCAAGGAGGUUCCCUUGGGGGGGGAACUCUGCAGACAUCAAUAUCAAGGGCUAUAAAGGAACACAACUCCGUCUGGCUGUAGAUGCUCCAAAACCCUGAACGUGCACUUCGAGGGAAGGCCACUUGUGUCCAACAGCAGGGGGCCAUUUUAGUCUCUUCUCAGCUCAACCGGCGAUGAGAAAAUGCAAAGAGCCUCACUACAUGUUUGAAAUGGCGACAUGUGGCUCGACGAAGUGGAGAAUUGGGACGAGGGGCUGUGGUUCCAAGAGUGGGUUUGAAACAAAGUUGGCCCAGAUUGUUUUGGCGUAUCACCUUGGGGUUUGGUCCCGCUUAACUGUUCAGAAGAGCCAGGAAAGGGUUGUCAUCUUCUCACACCGCGCAAGCAAACGCUUCUCCCUGAACUUUGCACUUUAUCAACUUCCCAAUGUUAAGGGUGCUAAGAACGAAUCUGGAAGGUCUGGUUAAGUGCGCCGUCUCACGUUAAGAACGUGUGAGGAGCAGGUGGGGAGCUGUGCCACCGCCGAGUAGGGGAGCAGAAAGAAGUGAUGGCUUCUGACAAGGGGGUCGCAGAUCCAAGAGUCAGUUUGAAGCCCACUUUCUCGAAUUGCUCCAUCAUGUCGCCAUGGGGCUUUGUCUUGAAGAGCUGAGCAUCCAUAGAAGAGCCCGCAAAGGGUCGUCAUCAGAUGUCAGACUCUCAUCCCUGCUCCUCCUCACAAAUUCGGCAGAAGCGCUUCUUUCUCAGAACGAUUGGACAAACGUGAGGUGUGUGUGCGUGUGUGUGUGUGUGUGUAUAUUUUUUUUUUUUUAUUAUUAUUAUUUUUUAUUACACAGCCCACUGCUGCGGCAGGGCGACUCCUCGGGCUGACUUUCGGCCUGACCUGUUCCAUUGCACCUUGGCUUCAAGUUAGACUCGAUUUAGCACUUGUGCUGAUUGCUUUCUGGAAUGGCAGUGCAUUCCGCAAUCUUCUGUUCUUUUUAUUGAUAAAAAUGUAAUAUGCCAGCAGGAAAAAUAAAAUAAAUAUUAAUAACAAUACAAAAUAAUAUACCAAAAAUCAUUUAAAAAGCAGUGCCUGUCAUUUUACUGCUGGUUCCUCUUUUAUAUAUUGACAGUCUGAUAUAUCAAAUAUAUAUAUAUAUAUAUAACAUAAUAUAUAUAUAUGCAUAGAUAGUUGCAUCACCUUUUCUUUGAAGGGCUUCUGGGUAAUCAGAAAGCCGCCUUAUCAUCUGCAUACUCAGACUGUGUUUGCCGACCCCUGUGCGGCUUGCGUUGUCAUGAUACUGUAAGGCACCGCUCCGCCACAGCGCCCGGGGUGCCCGUGUGGCCCACCCCCAGGCUGGCACGAUUGUAUUUUUUUACAUUUCUUUUGAACCUUUGCAGCCCACUUCAUCGUUUCCAAAACUGCUGCACUCUUGGAAACCUCCCGGAAACGACUCAAGCCAGCCUGGCACGUGGGCCGAUGUGGCAGAUGCUUGUCCUAUCAUGACGAUGCCAGCGCCUUAUUUAUUUUGGUUUAUUAGCCUUUUUUUGUUUUUGUUCUGAGCAUGUCAUUUUAUUUUGCUUCUUCUCUUUCUUUUUCGACUGGACGUUGUUGUGAACAUUCGGGGGAACAAAAACAAAAUUGAGGAGGUUUUCGAGAUAUUUCUCUGAGAACACAUAGAUGCAGUGUUAACUUUUAAGGGUUUUAUUUUUUGCAUUAUACUUUACAAAUAUUACCAUAGUAGAUUAUCAUUUAUCGCUUGCUUGCUUUACAAACACACACACCAGCGAGAACCUGUGGCCAUUUAGUUGACCGUUUCAAACAAGAGCAAUUGUCCUUUCUCGCUCAGGUAUUGAGAACGUCUGCCGACUUGACGGCACUCCAUUGGCCUUCCCUUCAUCCAACUUUCGUUCAUAUUGCCCCACCUCAAUUAGCUGGGGUGGGCUUCUGUUUUUAUCUUUUCAGAAUGGACCUCGGUGGUCCCUGCAGACAUUUUCCAGAUAAAGCUGCGUUUGCUUUCCUUGAGUGCUGAUCAACAGGAACUAAAUGGCCACUCGUUUUCAACUGGUGUGAAGAAACAGCUUUGACAAUAUUUGAUUAUAUCAUUGUAUUCAGCCAUUACUGUUAGCAUAUGCUCGUAACUUCAUACAAUUACUGGAAGUGAGUAUGUUUCCCUAUGCAAAAAAAGAAAAAAAAACAAAAUGUAUAAAAAAAAAUAAACAAGCUAUGCUAAAACUGA